AUGACCGGACAGAAGGAAGCAUUUAUAAAUAUUGAUUCUUCAUUUGGCUCAAAAGUUAAAUUGGGCAAUGGAGAACAUGUCGAAGUGAAAGGGAAAGGAAGCAUUGGAGUCACCACAAAGCAAGGAAGCAAAGUCAUACAUGACACGCUUUAUGUGCCAGAAUUAGACGAAAAUUUGCUUAGCAUUGGACAACUUCUGGAGCACGGCUAUUCUCUAAACUUUGAGAAUAGAGAGUGCAGAAUUUUUGACUCAGAAAGAAGAAGUGUUACCGUUGUGAAGAUGACUAGCAACAGGAGCUUUCCACUAUCUUUCAACUAUGAGAAAAAUGUAAGCAUGAUGGCCAGAGAAGAGAAUGACUCGUGUUUAUGGCACAGGAAAAGUUACUCUAUCAAAAGAAGAUGGUGUAUGGGCUGCCAAGAAUCGAAGAAAAAUCUGGUGUGUGUGAAGGAUGUGUCCUUGGAAAACACCACCGGCAACCAUUUCCAAAGGAAGGCGCAUGGAGAGCCAAACAAGUGUUGGAACUUGUACACACAGAUGUGUAUGGCCCUAUGA